CACGCGCCUGACUGGGUGCACUGCACUGGUGGUGUGCACGCCCCUCGUCAGUCGUCACUCACUCGCUACCCCAUAUCCCAUUCCCCCCGACGGCGCCUCUGGCAGCAAGGAACAAUAUGUCCAAUAGGGCCACCCAUUGGUGUUAUGCCUGUCAGCGCCCAAUUCGUCUUCGCGGGCAGGAUAUCAUAUGUCCCAACUGCAGUGAUGGUUUUAUCCAAGAAAUCAGUGAGAUGGGUGGCGUACUGAACACUUAUGGGCUAACUGAACCGGACUUUGAAGAGCGCCAGGCCAGAAGAUUUGGAAUGAUGGAUGCCAUAUCUUCCCUCAUGCGGCAACGGCUGUCAGAAAUAGGAAGGGAUAGUUUGUUUGAUAUUCACGGUAGACAAGGGACAGGUACUGAAUAUGGAAGGAGGUCAACUGCUAUUCCUACGCUGGUAUUUGGUGGCAUCCCUUCUCCUGCAGUUGGUAGCAGUGAUAUCAAUGUUGUCAUCAGGGAAGGCCGCAGAGCUGGCGCUGCCCGUCCGAAUUUCAGUAGCUUAGUUGUUGGUCCCAGUCUGGAAGCUCUAUUUGAGCAGCUACUACUCCAGAACAACCGUCAAGGCCCACCACCUGCUCCACAGUCAGCUAUUGACUCCAUGCCUGUGGUAAAGAUAAAUCGCAGGCAUCUUGACGAAGAUCCACAGUGUGCAGUUUGCAAAGACAAAUUCGAGGUUGGAGCAGAGGCGCGGGAGAUGCCGUGCAAGCACUUGUACCAUACUGACUGCAUCAUCCCCUGGCUGGUUCAGCACAAUUCCUGCCCUGUUUGCCGUCAUCCGCUGCCAUCACAGCGAUCAGGCAGUAGUACCAGCAGCGCCCGUGUGCCUUCAGCAUACUACAACGAAACAGCUUGCCCUCCUGCGGUCGCCAGGGCAGAUUUCGAUCCUGUGCCUUCAGCAUACUACAACGAAACAGCAACUGAUCCUCCUGCGGUCACCAGAGCAGAUUUCGAUCCUGCUCCAGGAAACUACGGCAGCGAAAGCCAGGAAAGUCACGUCCCCUUCUCCUUUCUCUGGCCAUUUGGCCCGUCGAGUUCUUACCAAUAUGAAGAAAAUGUUGAUGAACCUGCAGUAUACGAUCCAAACCAGAUAGCAUAUUCUGCGUGGCACUAUGACCACUGACUGAAACCCUGAGUUAAAAUCAAGAUAUCUGCAAUUCGUGCCUUGAGCUCUCAGCUUUGGUGAGGCAAAGGGCUGCUUGCCGUAUAAAAAAUGGAUGGUUAUUGUGUUCAGUGCAUACCCUUGCUACGCAUGUCCGUUGUGGAGAUAUCAGCUGUGUAUAGAACUGGGCGCAAUAAACUCUGCUGUAAUGCCCGUAUAUAUUCCUUUUCGGUAUAUCAAGUCUAAAGCUACAUAAUCCUGUAUGUGCAGUAAUCGGUGAACUGAGUGCAUCCAGAAUAUCAUGUCAUGAUAAACAUGAUUAUAAUUACAUGGUUGUCUUUUUAGACUG